AUGAAUACAAAAUAACCCGAAAUAGCUACAGUUUUUAUUACUCGGAAGUUUUGAUCAGAGUUCUUUUUUUAACAUCUUUGAUUAUUACAAGACUAGCCAAGAAUGGCUGAUGAGGUGAUUCUUCUAGAUUUCUGGCCAAGCCCAUUCGGUGUAAGAGCAAGGAUCGCACUGAGAGAGAAAGGUGUCGAGUUUGAAUACAGAGAAGAGAAUCUGAGGGACAAGAGCCCUUUGCUUCUUCAAAUGAACCCGGUUCACAAGAAGAUUCCGGUUCUGAUCCAUAACGGUAAACCGGUCUGUGAAUCCAUGAACGUAGUCCAGUACAUCGACGAGGUCUGGUCAGACAAGAAGAACCCCCUCCUCCCUUCUGAUUCUUACCAAAGAGCUCAAGCCAGAUUCUGGGUCGAUUUUAUCGAUACCAAGGUUUACGAACCAGCGGAUAAGAUAUGGUCAACAAAAGGCGAGGUACAAGAGAAGGCCAAGAAAGAGUAUAUUGAAGCACUCAAGAUUCUUGAGUCUGAGCUUGGAAACAAACCCUACUUCGGAGGAGAUAACUUUGGGUUCAUAGACAUUGCCAUGACUGGUUAUUACAUGUGGUUCGAAGCAUCUGAGAAAUGCGGUAACUUCAGCAUCGAACCAGAGUGUCCAACACUUAUGGCUUCAGCCAAGAGGUGUUUGCAAAGAGACAGCGUGGUUAACUCUGUCCCUGACCCUGAGAAGAUCGUUGAGUUCGCCUUUAAGAUUCGCAAGAUAUAUUGUGUCUAAAUUGCAUCCUUUUUCAUCUUUGGUUUGUGAAUUGAUUCCAUCUCACGUCUUUGUUCUCUGUUUUAUCUUUUUCAGUUUUAUUUUCUCCAAAGAAUAUUUGUUUCUUGUGACUCAAGAAAAUGGUUCUUAUUAUAAAUAAAGUAUUCUAC